AUCUAGUUUUAGCAAUGGGCGAAGGUAAAAUGGCUCAGCUGCGCACACAGAUGGAAAGAUUACGCACUUUCAUCACUACAAAAAAAUUCUGGGUUGGUGUGAAUAGAAGUGAGAAGAAUACCAUAAGGUAUCAAGUAAAGCACUAUGUGCUGGAAGGCAAGUAUUCUAUUUAUGAUCUAAUCUGUCACAAUUAUAGUAUAAGAAAUAUUAUUACAUGUCAUUUCUUAAUGAACCAAGCAUAGGAAGUCUAAUAUUUCAUCACUGCUUUUUCAUUGCAUGACAUCAAAUGUUACUGACACAGUGGUAUUAGGAUCACUUGCACAUUGUUGGGGAGUGAGAAAAAACUCAGAUAAAUUUGUUAGGACAUCACGUACUUCUGCUUAAGAUACAUGUCCUCAUAGCAAUGAAAUACAGUUUUUAAGGCCAGACACCGGUCGAAAAUCUGACCAAAAUCUUCAUUUUUGGCCAUUUUGAGAUAUUCAAAUGUUAGGAUUUUCCAACUUACAUUUUAUCCACCCUUAAACUGAUUUUUCAUAAAAACAUCUAGAAAUAUGUUAAUUUUGCUUAUAAAAACAGCCCCUUUUUCAGAAUUCUCCUUGCUUUGGUCCGAAUUCGUGAAAAUAGGGAAUGUUUGGCGCAUAGCAACUCAAUCGGUCGUUUGAAAAACUAGGCCAACCAUUAUAUCAGCAUAAAGAGGAUUCAUUCAACUUUCGAACAAACACGUGUUCAGGGCCGUGGGAAAAUUCCACGCGCAGUAAUACACUCUUUUCGAGACUAGACAAAGGAACGGAAAAUUACAUAUAUGGAUGAUGCGUACACACAAUUUGCAUACAGCCAAUCACAAGUGUUCACUACCGGCCUUGGCCGACAUAUAGGUCACCCGAACUCACUUCGGGAACGUUCGGCUGUCCCAUCAACCACUGCGCAUGCUUUCCGGUUGUAAACAAAUGAAGUAAUGGGAACCACGGACCUUCAUACCUGGAUGAGUGACUCUCCUUCGCUGCCUCUUUGCCCUAUCAUUGAAGUUCGAGGCUUGACAAAGAAGCCCACUCAUUUCCGUUUCCUAUUUCAAAAUGGCCGAUCUCCCCAUCAUCGAACAGAUUCUAGAAAAUGAAAUCGAACUCUGUUGUGCUGUUAAUAAGAAUGAGAUGGCAUCAUCUCAAAACAUACAGUUGAAAGAGCUUGACUUGGAAAUAAUUGACAGUGUGUGCACGUCACUGUCACAGAACUGCGUGUUACACAGUGCAAGAGAUUUCUUCAAGCAAGCAUCAAGAUCACAGCUGCUUGACAAGAUGGGAUUUUUGAAUGCCUGCUUGGUGCACAAGACAAAACUUCCCCAUUCUGACAGAGAAAAGUCAUGGGGAAACUUCCAUAAGGCAAACAUUCAAAACAUGGGAGCAUUGAACAGCGUGACAGGAUCUCCAAUGAUAUCAUCGUGGUUAACUUUACGAUGCUUUGAAUGUUUACUUAACAAAAAUUACCUGGUAAUCGCCUCCUCAACAAAUAUAGACAACAUAAAUGAAGAGUUGUCAGAAGAUAUCCUGGACAUAGUAAACUACAUUGGAGGGAGUAUUAUUACUAAAAUGAAACAGAGGCUGCAACGGGGUAGGGAGAACUCUUCAAAGGAAGAACAGCUGUUGUGUCUGGCACAUCUAACUCAGGAAGAUGAUGGUGUGCACAGCCUUACUAGCACCUUAAAUAGAGGUGGUCUGGUAUUUUUAAAGCCUGCAACCAAAUAUUUUUUCCAUCUGCUGGAGAAAAAGACCCUUGAGGUCUUUACUUUAGAGUCUGUAGAAAGGUGCAGACUGGUUGAUUUUCAAACCAUGUGCAGCCAGGAUAGUGUAAUAGCGUCGGCAUUCAGCGGACUGACAUAUGAGGCAGAAAGUGCCGAGGACAAUAAGGAGGCUGUGUUUGAAGGGAUUGUCAGAUUAUAUUUUAAGGUGCGAGUUCACCAUGAAUGCAGACAAUAUAUGGAAAAACAAAAACUCAGUGCGGUCUUUGCCAAAAAAAGUCUGCGAAAAACCCUUAAAUCAAACAGCCACACACAGUAAGUUUUAUUGUAUGAUGUGUUGUGUGCCUAUUUGAAAUAAUGUCAGCAUGAAUUAAUACAGCAUGAAUUAAUACAGCUUUUAUAUACUA